AAGAUCCGUAUCGGAUGGACGCUACGUGCUACGAACUUAUAUGAAGUUUGCUACGGAAGUGGUUUCAUUACAUUGAUUUUAUGAAAUGGUUAUAAACUGUUUUGGUAUAACAUUUAAAUUUGUAAAAUAUUUUAACGUGAUCUUGAGUUAGAUUGGUGAUUGCAAUGAAUCCUGAAAACUUUAAAAAGAGAUAAAUCAUAACAUGUGCAACAUCCAAAGAUGGAAACGCCUUCAAAAACUUUUAACAAGAAAUAUGGAAUUGAGGAAAAUUCCCAGCGAUUUAGGUAGUAAAAUAAACAGAAAAGAAUUUAUAGAAGAAAUAGCUGUCAUUCCUUCUGGCCAGUUUAAUUAUGUUACGUGAAGUGAAUUAAUAAAAUGGCUCAGAGUAGCACGCACGCCGAUAAUUACACUUCGUCCAAUUACAGCCAGCCAUAUGACAUAGCGGGGUUCGAUAAAGACGAGUGUACAGUCGCGGACGACCCCAAAUAUCCGAGCAGCUUGGGCCUAACCCUCGCUGUCCCCGAAUGGGAAGCCAUUUGUACGGCCAUUGUGCUCACACUCAUUAUUAUCUCCACUAUUGUUGGCAAUAUCCUAGUUAUUCUCAGCGUGUUCACUUAUAAACCAUUACGUAUCGUCCAAAAUUUCUUCAUUGUUUCCCUCGCUGUAGCCGAUUUAACGGUAGCAAUAUUAGUUUUACCACUAAAUGUCGCAUAUUCUAUUCUAGGACAAUGGGUGUUCGGUAUUUACGUGUGCAAGAUGUGGCUUACGUGCGACAUUAUGUGCUGUACGUCAUCAAUUUUAAACCUUUGUGCCAUCGCUCUAGACCGAUAUUGGGCAAUAACAGAUCCCAUUAAUUACGCUCAAAAACGAACGCUAGAAAGGGUGCUUCUAAUGAUUGGUGUUGUGUGGGUUUUGUCUUUGAUCAUUAGCUCUCCGCCUUUGUUAGGGUGGAACGAUUGGCCCGAUGUGUUUGAGCCCGACACGCCUUGUCGAUUGACUUCUCAGCCGGGAUUUGUAAUAUUUUCUUCAUCUGGCUCUUUCUACAUUCCAUUAGUUAUAAUGACUGUAGUGUAUUUUGAGAUAUAUCUUGCAACAAAAAAAAGAUUGAGAGACCGAGCCAAAGCUACUAAAAUAAGUACAAUAUCAACCGGAAAAAAUAAAUGUGCACUCAAGGAAGAUCACCACGACCAAGAUUCUGUCAGUUCAGAAGCCAAUCACAACGAACAUCAAGGUAUCGCGCGUCUAGUUUCAGACACUGAUAAGAAAAAGAAGUCUAAAAGUGCUCCAAAGAAGAAAUCUAAACUAAAAUAUUGGACCAAAAAUGAUAAGUUCCAAAAUAAACUUAUCGUACCAUUCUUAUCUAAUGAAAACUCCGCCAGUGAUAUUGUGGAUAAUCAAGAAAAUAGGAAUACAUCAUCUGAAAGCAAUUCCAAAGAAACUCACGAUGAGGACAUGGAAAUCAUCGAAGUUGAAGUAGUUAAAUCUCAAAAACACGCUAAAUCCAAUCAACAAAAUACAGUUUACCAGUUCAUUGAAGAAAAACAAAGGAUUUCAUUAACUCGUGAACGUCGAGCCGCGAGAACCCUUGGUAUCAUUAUGGGAGUAUUUGUAGUGUGUUGGCUUCCAUUUUUUGUGAUAUACCUGGUUAUACCAUUUUGUUCGAGUUGUUGUUUAUCAAACAAGUUCAUAAACUUUAUAACAUGGCUGGGCUACGUGAACUCGGCGCUUAACCCUUUAAUCUAUACGAUUUUUAAUAUGGACUUUCGUAGAGCAUUUAAGAAAUUGCUAUGUAUAAAAAUUUAAGCGGCUGUGCCAAAAUGUAAAUAAAUCUAUUGUAUAUUAUAAUUUUGCUCAAUAUGAUGUUUUAUUAUAAUUUGUAUAUUCAUGUUUAACUAAAUUCAACUAUUGUAUAAGCGAUAUGACAAAUAGCGACCUAUUAUUGAUCUAAACGUCUAUAAUUAUGAUUAUUAAUAUCUAGUGGUAAUUAAAGUAUUUUUUUCAAGUAGACUCAUUGUGAUAGCCUUUGUAAUUAUUAUUUUAAUUCUGUACUUAGCGACGUGCAUAGCACAUUAUGUAGUCAUAAUAAUUCCCUUGAGGUUAUUAUAAUAUUUAUUAUACAUAGAAUAUAAAAUUUAUUAUACCCUAGAUGUCAACGAUAUAAGGUUAGUGUAAAUAUUAAUAUCAUGUUUGUUCGUCUGUACAUAUCUUAAAUUCGUAAUUAAAGUUUUCAAUUGAAAAUUGUAAAAAGUAAUACAGUUUCUGAGGUGUCUCGAUAAUUUUAAAUUGCUUUGAGAACUCCCUGCAAAUGAUGAAAAGUUCUAUGGAGUAUAUCCCUUUGAAAUAAUUUGAG